GUAUCAAUUCAGGGUAAGUACCUUGAUCAAGGGUACUACAGCAGGAGGUGGGUUUCGGACCUGCUGCCCACUGCUGUCGCUUAACUCAACAGACUAGCAGUUCAGUAGAAAAAUAGUGAAGGUGAAGGCUUUUGAUCUUUCGGCUUUAUUCGUAACUGGCCUCGAAUCCUCCCUCUGCAAGAAACUUUUGUCUUGAUCGCUUAAACCCUACUUCUCUUGGCUGACUCCCAAAAUAAAGUGGUCAAGGAAAAAUUAAGAAAAUGACUGCUGCAUACCAACAGCAACAAAAACAGACUGAUGUCAACAAAGAGGUACCGAUUCUGAAACACACAAACCGCAAGUUACAAAGAGAAUGUAAUUCAGCUGCUACCACAUAUGAUGAUGUGUACCAUGCUGAGCAAGAGUAUGGUGUUCCCAGGAGGAAGGCCUAUGGGGUAGGCAAGGUGUUUCCACUGAAGCCAGUUCACCAUAAAAGAACGUACAGCCUAAUCAAAAUUCCACUGGCCAGCAGUCAUACAAAAAUUUUGGAACCUUUGGAAGCAACGAGGUUCCCCCCUAUUUCUCCAUUACUGCCUCCAGAUUGCCCACGCAUGUCCAGGGAAAAAGUUUCAAGCAGGUUUUCUGGGCGAAGGGUCCCACUGGAUCAGGUAACCCUACCUCCCAUGCACUGCUCUCUUGCAAAGGCCUCCAAGUGGAGGAAAGGGGGUGCAGCUCAGGCAAAGCAGUGGGAGUCAGAGAGGGGGGAUAAGGAGGGGGAGGACCAGAACCAGGCAUGGCUGGCCAAGGACAUUCGUAGGAGAGAGAUCGCCCUGCAGGAGAAGCUCCAGAGGACACAGGAGGCGCUCAAGAGGAUCUGGAUGGAGAGGGAGAUUUCUGCUGAAAAGAAGGCAGAAAACAGAACAGAAGAGGAGAAAGGAAAGAUAAAGCGGUUGAUGGAAAGGGAAGAGAGAGAGUACAAAAAGGUAGAAUCAUCGCAGUAUGACAUUUGGGAGAGUGAACGAUGGGGGUCUGAAGUGGAGAGAAAUGAAAGGGAGUACAGAGAGCGGAAAAAGCGGGAGAAGUCAAAGGAAGGACAUUUGGAGAGGCAAAGGAGGCUACUGGAGGCAGAUUUAAGGAAUGAGAGGACAGUGAUGGAAAAGCAAUGGGAGAGAGAAAGGAGGGAGGAAGCAGAAGAACACGAGUCAGAGAGAGCGGAGAGGAGACAGAGGACAAGGAGAAGAGCACGGAGGGAGGACGACGGGGAAAGCAGACCAAGGGGUAGUAAAAAGGGAGAGUGGGAAAGGGAGAGGGCAAAUGACAGGGGAAAUGGGAACACCAGGAAGCAGGUGAGGGAUGUUCAGAAAGAUAUGAUGGAGAGAGGGUGGGAGACCGACCAGGAGGGAACGCAAACAAAGCGCAGCAAGCCGAGGCAACAGGAGGUUCUCCAGGGAAGAGAUUCCCCCAGCAGCAGUAGCGGCAAAUGCCACUCUCCCUGGCGAGCUGCAGAAGACUCACCCAUGAGCGCUGAACUUCUGGCCAAGGAAACUCUCAAACUGGCAGAAACAGGACCAAGCAACAUAGAGUGGGAAACAAAGAGGGAGGAGGUCAACCUGAUCCCUUGCAGUCUCUGCCAAAGGAACAUUCUUGCUGAGAGACUUGAGAGCCACAAGCGGGUUUGCAAGAAGAGGCAAGAGUCAAAGCCGAAGCUGUUUGACUCCUUCAAGCAACGGGCCAAAGGCACUGCUCUCGAGGAGUUUAUAAAACACAAUAAGAGCAGCGACAAAACCAGAGAGAUGAAAAAAAGCGAGAGGCUGGAGAAGCAGAAGAUGAUCAAAAACAUCCAGCAGGGCAGUCUGCCGGGUGACGGCACACUUCAGCCCCAGCCACCCCCUGACACCUAUGUGAACUAUGUGACAUGUCCUCACUGCAGGCGCCGCUUUGACCCCCGGACCGCCGACAGACACAUCCCAAAGUGUCAGUUCAACAAGAACCUGCCCACACCCCGCCAACGGAGACUCUAAGUCCAUGUUAGAAGUCCCCUCACCUUGUGAUUUAACACAGCAUUCAUUCAGACCUAUGGCAUGCUGUAGCUGUGAAAAGUAUGAGCCAAAUGAAGAAACAUUAUUACCAAUAUUUCUCUGGGGGAAAUACAUUCAGUGCUCCUUGGAGGGCCUGCAAAUGAAUAAAACUCAAACUUUCAGCAAAAACUGAAGCUUUAAUUUGCUCGAGGCACCAGGAGAAGGUUGCUUUGUAUGUUCAAGACAUGGGUACAAAUGGUCAAGAUUUCAAAAAUUGUGACAAAGGUCUUAGCAGCUGUAGGAGUAGAGAAUGGGCAUGCUGCGUGGACACCCUUGUAGCUGUCCAACACUAAGCAGCUAGAGAGAAGAGAUUAGAAAAGGGGGGAGAUUUUUAAAAAAAUAAAAAAAAAAUAAAAAACACCCCAGGCCUUUGAGAGACAGCGAUAGUCAUAUACAGAAACAGACAUGUAAAUGAGACAUUGCAAAAUUAGCAAUACUUACUUAGCUAAUAAGUAAUACCAUAUAUCUCCCUUCACCCCCUUGGGAAAUUGGGGCCUGUGGAAUUGGUACAGAAGGCAGCAGAUACAGAGGUAGAAACAUGUAUAUGACAUCAUGUCAUGGUUAAUAAGGUUUGUCUGAUUCAAUAUAAAACCAAGGGAGUGUAGCCUCUUUCAGCAUUUAAAUUAAUAUCACAUACAUCGUAUUAUGCAAACAUCUGCAUUAUAUACGAAAUGUAAAUGUAAACUGAAUGCAUUUAGGAAGAAACAUCAAUAGUCAAAUUUGCUGAAGAUUGUUUACACAUGGGUUCAAAUGUAACACUGCCUGAAGUGCCAGCAGUUCCUUAGUUUACAUUAGGCAUAAACCAAAACAAAAUGUGUAAAGGUACACUUUACAUAAAGCUCAGCACUCAACCCUUCUGCCGCUGCAUAUGAAACAAGUUACCAAACAUGCAUUACCUUUGUCAUUGCAUCUACAAACUGAGGCUCAAUACACACUUGAGCACACCUGAAAUAUGCAUUUGUUAUAUAUAAGUAACCUCCAAAAAAAUCCAAGGUUAACAAAGCAGGUAAAUUACUUGGACUAUGGCAAUUUUUCCCUUACAUGCCUUGCUAAUAAAUCUCUCAGUGAGGUUCACGUGGCAAUCUCUCAAUGAUAUAAAGAACGCUAUAAAACUAAUAUUCAACUGUAGGUGAAAAAAAGACAAUACAGUUCAAACUACAAUGUCAUGCGAAGUCUUGGUUACAUCCACAGUAUUGUAAUUUGCCUAAAAAAGUCCAAAUACACCGGGAUUAAUAGAACAAAACACGAAAAUACAGAGAAAAACAAACAAAUGGUAUACAUCACAAUGUUAAAGGCACAUGCUUUGAUUAAAAUAUUCCAUAACAUAAGGACAUAAGCACUUGUUGACUUCAUACUAGAAAAGAAUGACUCUAAGCUUGUUAAAAAUACAAAACCUGAAAUUCAGGCACAGGCAUGCAGCUGCAGGAAUAUGCAACUUUAAUCUUUGGAUGAAAAAAACAGAUCUCAGUAAAGGCACUUUCACAAGUUGUGAUCCACACUGGUUCCUAAAUUUAGAAAACUGCCAAGGACAAAAAAAGACAAAAAUAAAAACUCAGUAGUACAACUGCAUUUUCAUGGCACUUGACAUACGACAGCCACGCUGUGCAUUAUUUCACAAAUCUUACCCACACUGUGUCAGACACAGUACAGUGUCCAUACAGUAAGUUGCUCAUAUAAAAUAAAGAAACCUAAUGAAAUCGAUAUGCAGAUUUGCAUUUUCAGAGUACGCCAAGGAGGACCCCAAUAGUGCAUGAUGUGAACACCUUAUAAUGUACAUUUGGGGGGGAGAAACCACCAUUUUUUCCCCAUAUAAAAAAAUAUAACCUUUGCAGAAAUGUCUUUGGUAAAAUUGGGCACUUAUGUGGUAGAAAAGAUUUUUCCUUUUCUAUAUAUAAUAAAAUACAUCUGCCCCCCCUUUAAAUCUUGCAUGAAAUUACAUGUGACUGCAGAAGUUUUCCCCCACCAGGUCCAGUGUGAGUAGAUUGAUCCAUUUCAGACUUUGUUCACUUCUAUAAUAAUGGCACUGAAAUCAACCAGGUCUGGUGUUCCUACACAAAUGCAAUGCAGAUUUAAAAAAAAAAAAA